AUGGCUAUACCAUUUUUCUUUCUUCUUCUGCUUUCUGUUUUAUCCUCGCCGUUAUCCUCUGCAGCUUCUAAUACUUUAAGCAAAGGCUCGUCGUUGUCAGUGGAGAACACAAACGAUGUCUUGAUAUCACCAAGUGCCAUUUUCUCGGCUGGAUUCUUCCCCGUUGGCGACAAUGCAUUCUGCUUCUCUAUAUGGUUCAUUGAACCUUUCUGUCGUACCAACUGCUCUGUAAUUUGGAUGGCAAACCGCGACCAACCCGUUAAUGGGAAAAAAUCCAAGCUCUCUCUGCUUCAUUCUGGUAAUCUUCUCAUAAUCGAUGCUGGUCAGUCCACAGUUUGGGCUACAGACACCGCCUCGCAAUCCUGGAUUGAGUUGCAGCUUCACGACAACGGUAAUCUCUUCUUAUAUGACAAAGAAGGUGGUAGAGUACUAUGGCAAAGCUUUGAUUAUCCAACAGAUACCCUCCUUCCGCAGCAACCACUCAGUAAAGACAGGCAGCUUGUCUCCACGAGAAGUCGAACCAACUAUUCUUCUGGAGUUUAUAAGUUAUAUUUCGACAGCGAUAAUGUUCUCCGUCUUCUAUAUGAUGGCCCUGAGACUUCAAGCAUUUACUGGCCAAACACAUGGCUCUUGACCUGGGACGGUGGGAGGUCCACUUUUAACAGCACUAGAAUUGCCCUUUUUGAUUCUUUGGGAAAUUUUAGUUCAUCUGAUGAUUUUACUUUCUUGUCACUGGAUUAUGGAAUGGGAGCUCAGAGAAUAUUGAAGAUCGAUUUUGAUGGUAAUCUUCGACUAUACAGUCGAGAAAACGGCAGAAACAAAUGGAUCGUUUCAUGGCAAGCCGUGUCCCAACCUUGCAGGAUUCAUGGGAUUUGUGGACCUAACAGUUUGUGUAACUAUGUCCCCAGUUCCGGCAGGAGAUGCUCUUGUCUUCCAGGAUUCAAGGCCAACGAUCAUUCAAACUGGUCUUUGGGUUGUGAACCUAAAGUGAAUUGUUCUUGUAGCACAGAUGAGAUCAGUUACCUUAAACUAUCUAAUGUUGAGUUUUUUGGGUAUGAAUAUGGAUUCUUUCCCAAUUACACAGUGCCGAUGUGUGAGGAUCUAUGCUCAAAAAUGUGCAAUUGCAAGGGGUUCCAGCUCAGAUUCAGUAGGCGCUACUAUCCAAGUAACAUUCCUUACUGUUACCCGAAGACAGCACUCCUAAAUGGCCAAUACUCACCAAACUUUGAUGGGGACAUCUACCUGAAAGUACCAAAAACAGCCAGUCUCUCUUCUUCGUAUAGGCACGUUGAAGAUUCCAGGUUGGAUUGUUCUGUUGAAGCUGUCGUGCAGCUGAACAGAACGUAUUCAAACGGCCAUGAAAAUGGAACUUCAAAAUCUGUUCUGUGGUUUGCUUGCGGAGUUGGAGCGAUCGAGUUCCUUAGCAUAGUCUUGGUGUGGUAUUGCUUGAUAAGAAACCAAAACAAGUUGGGAGCGAUUAACCAAGGUUAUUUUUGUAUUGAAACUUGCUUUAGAAAAUUCACCCUCUCUGAGAUAAAAACAGCAACCAAGGGUUUCAGAGAAGAGAUUGGAAGAGGUGGAGGAGGAAUUGUAUACAGAGGAAUACUAUCUGAUCAUAGAGUUGCAGCAAUAAAGCUACUGAAGGAAGCAAACCAAGGAGAAGAAGAAUUCCUUGCAGAAGUCAGCACAAUUGGGAAGCUUAACCACAUGAAUUUGAUAGAAAUGUGGGGAUUUUGCGCAGAGGGAAAGCACAGGAUUUUGGUUUACAAGUACAUGGAGCAUGGAUCAUUGGCAGAAAAUCUGCUUUCCGGCGCACUUGAUUGGAAAAAGCGGUUCGACAUUGCGGUCGGCACUGCCAAAGGCCUAGCUUAUUUACACGAAGAAUGUCUAGAGUGGGUUCUGCACUGUGACGUGAAGCCUCAAAACAUUCUACUAGACUCCGACUAUCAGCCAAAGGUGUCUGAUUUUGGGCUAUCUCGACUGCUAAAAAGAGGGAGUAGUUGUACUGUAAAUUCAAGAUUCUCACGGAUAAGAGGAACUAGAGGUUACAUGGCUCCAGAAUGGGUUUUCAACCUGCCCAUCACCUCAAAAGUUGAUGUUUAUAGCUAUGGUAUAGUGUUGUUGGAGAUAGUGACUGGAAAGAGUCCAACAGUACUAGAGAUGGAGCAUCAAAGGCUAUUGAUAUGGGUGAGAGAAAAGAUGAAGGGAGCAGAUGAAGCUGUGGAUUCUUGGAUAGAAAUGAUUAUUGACCCCAAGUUAGAAGGAAAAUAUGAUAAAGCUAAGAUGGAAAUUCUGGCCAUGGUGGCUCUAAAAUGUGUAAAUGAAGACAGGGACGCAAGACCAACCAUGAGCCAAGUAGUUGAAAUGCUUAAUUCUGCGCACGUACCAUGCAUGAGUCUGUCUAAUUAG